CAGCUCAGCUAAGCUAGAGGUCCAGUAGUAGUGUGCUGUGUGGAGUCAGCCUGUCUGAUAUAUUCAAGAUGAAUCUGUCAUUUCAUGUGAUCUGCGUGCUACUGUCUGCCAUCAGCUGCUCAGCUCACGAAGGUGUGCGCACUGGCAUACAAGUACCAGCAGGAUCUCAGACAGUGACACUUCAGCCCUGGUUGGUUGGUCUGACAGCAGUAGUUGGUUUCCUCUUCAUCGUCUUCACCAUCCUGAUUCUUCGCAGACUGCUCACGAAGGACAAGAAGGAUGACGAGGAAUUUGGUUAUGCCAAGACUCUAGAGAUGGAUGAGGAUGGAGGUGAUACUAAGCAAACCAGUAUGUAGAAAUCCAUCUGAGGAGCAUCA